AUGCCCAUCGCUCCCAUCACCGGCAAGCUCAGGAAGCGGUUCUGGCUCGACCUCAGCGUUUCCCUCGGCAUGGGCAUCAGUGCUGGCUAUGCUUUCUGGUACGGUGUCCAUCUCAAGCACGUGCAAAAGCAGGAGGAAUAUUACUUGAGGCUCGAGAGAGCCAAGCAGCAGCAAUAG